UAUUCAAACGCUGACUUCCAGAUGGGCGCCUGACCACGAAAGGAGCAAGUUCUCUGUCAUUUUCCUGGGGAUGUACGUCGGCAUCAUCGCGUCCAUGGCGCUGACGGGCGCCAUGUGCGAGAUGGCCGGCGGCUGGCCACUCGCCUUCUACUCCUUCGGCGCCGUCGGCCUGCUCUGGUGCGUCCCCUGGUUCCUGCUGGUCGCCGACUCGCCGGCCAAGCAUCCAAGCAUCGACCCUGCCGAGCGCUGCUACAUAGAGGCCUACGUCCUGCCCAUCAACAAGAAGCGACUGCCCGUGCCGUGGAAGAGCGUGCUGACGACCCCGGCGCUGUGGGCCCUCAUCGCCAUCAUGGUGACCUUCGACUGGACCUUCUAUAUCUACAUCUCCUCACUGCCCCUCUACCUCGCCAGCGUCCUCCACUUCGAUAUGCAAAGUAACGGCUUCCUGUCGGCCGCGCCCCAUGUUAUAAGUGCGGGCGGCAGUCUGUUCUUCGGAUGGCUCACCGAUUUUGUGUUCCGGAAGGGCUACAUAUCCAAACUUCACGGAUUUCGCAUUAUAAACGGAAUGGGUACUCUGGUGCCAACAGCGACGCUGAUCGUGGUCUCGCAGGUGGGCUGCAACGCGCCUGUGAUCGUGGCUGUGCUGGCGAUCAACGGCUUCCUCAUGUCCACCAACUGCUCGGGGCCCUACAUGAACAUGCAUGUCAUUGCACCCAACUACUCCGGGACGGUUGUCGGCAUUGUCAACACAUUCGCCAACCUGACGGGGAUCGUCGUCCCGUAUAUUGUCGGCGCCUUCACCAGCGCCAAUCAAACACGGGCAGGCUGGAACAACGUGUUCUACGUGACUGUGGCACUGUCAGUGGUGGCAUACCUGGUGUAUGCUAUCUUCACAUCAGCGGAGGCUCAACCUUGGAACGAUCCUCCCUCAGAGAAAACAGCUGAAGUGAAACGCCAGGAUGGUAUUGAUAAUGUAACAUUCAACAGCGAGGAUGUGCGCCAUGGAGGACUGCGAUCUUUUGACACAUAGCUUUUGUAAUUUGUGCACCAACAUUCCUGAUUCAUUUGAUUACAUCAUGUGACAGACACAAAAAAGGAAACUCUGUAAUGCAAAUUGCUCACCUACAUCGCACUACAGAGUCCUUCAUUCAUCAAUUGAGGGGCUAGAAUUCUAAAGGAACAUGUCAUCAAUGUUUACAGACUUUAACAACUUUUAAUGCAUUGUAAAUGUAUUCUAAACUUAGUUCUUGUUGUGAUAAUUUGUGUUGAGGCAGUUGAUGUAUGCUAGACCCGAGUACCCAUGGGCAUCACCAACACUAAAUGGCUGGAGGGAAUGUCUCGUUAGAUAGCGUAUAGAUCACAAGGGGGUCUAAGCAGGAGGAGAAAUAAUAUGUAUAGACCAUAUUAGGCUAUAUGCUAUAUUUAGAUCAGUUUAAAACACUGUUGUUAAAUUCCUAUAAACUAGGCGUUCUACUACAUUGUAGUUGAAAAACUGAGUAAACUGGAAUACCUUUGUAAUAAAU